UGACAAAGGAAACUCAGUCAGAUUUAAACCUUCCCGAUUGCUCCAAAGGAAGAGAGCGUUAAGUUUUCAGAAGGAGUUCUCAUUUGAAGAUAAAGAAGAACUUGCAAACAGCACAAAGGAUAUUGAUGCUAAUCUCUUAGCAGUACUUCCAAAAGUUUCAGAAUUAAGAAAACUGUUUGAACCAAACAACCAAGAUUUUUUGGAAAUGAAAAGAAAAGAGAGAAUAGCUAGACGGUUAGAGGGAAUUGAAAAUGACACACAACCUAUGCUUCUACAAAACUGUCCAGGCUCAGUCACACACCGUUUACUAGAGGAAGAUACACCAAGAUAUAUGCGUGCAACUGAUCCAUACAGUCCCCACUUAGGAAGAUCAAAUGAAGAGGAGGAAACUUCAGAUUCUUCUGUAGAAAAACAACCCAGAUCAUCCAGAUACCGAGCAGAAAUCACAGGAGGUAAUACAGAGCCCUUGUAUAGUACAGGAAGCAUGGAUGUCCAGGAACUAGAGUCAAAAGCAGAAAGAAUAGCUAGGUACAAGGCAGAGAGGCGGCGCCAGCUGGCAGAAAAGUAUGGAUUAUCUCUUGAUUCUGAUUUGGAUUCUGACUACUCAUCCAGAUAUACACGGGCAAGGAAAGAUCCUGACAGCAUGGAAAGAAAGGGAGUGAAAAGUGAAAGGCAAAAUGAUGAAAACAAGGACAGUGGCUCCCUGUAUUUGUCCAGGACUGAGACGAAGGAGUCAAAGAGUGUGAUUUCUGAAUCCAAAGAGUACUCCAGCCAUGAAAAAGAUGGUGUUCCAGAUAAAGAAGACCUCUCAAAUGAUAAGAAUGAUAGAAAAGCAGAUGAUGGCAGUGCCAUUAGACAGGCUUCUGACCCUUCAACAACCUUGGAUAGUUCUGUCUCACUUUCUGGACGAGAAUCUUCCUCCUGUAACGAAGUGCCAAUAUCACCAAAGCAAAUCCCCAGAGAGUCCCUUUCUUCACCAAAGCGGGCAGCCUCACCAAUCCAUUUGCAGAAUGACCAGCCCUUGCACAGUAACAUCAGACAAAAAUCAGUUUUGAGUGCGGAAAUACCGACUGCUGAAGACGAAGAAAAAUUGGAUGACCGAGCCAAACUAAGUGUAGCUGCAAAGAGGCUGCUUUUUAGAGAAAUGGAAAAAUCAUUUGAAAUGAAAAAUGUUUCUAAACCACCUACAAGAAGUUCAGCAGUAGAGAGAAGACUGCGGCGUUUGCAGGAUAGAUCGCACACACAACCAAUUACCAGUGAGGAAGUGGUCAUUGCAGCUACCUUGCAGGCAUCAGCACACCAAAAAAUUUUAGCUAAAGAGGAGAUAAGAGCAGCCAAAGAGGCCAUGGGGCAAGAUCAGUCUGAUGAACCAGAUUCUUCCACCUUAAGUUUGGCAGAAAAGAUGGCUUUGUUUAACAAACUGUCUCAACCAGUAUCUAGGGCCGUCUCCACAAGGAGUCGAGGAGAUAUUAGGCACAGGAGGAUGAAUGCUCGUUACCAGACUCAGCCAGUCACUCUUGGAGAAGUUGAGCAGAUGCAAUGGAAAAAGAGUAAACUGGUACAAAAUGAAAGUGGAAAAAUUACUCCCCUGUCAACUGCAGUUGCAACAUCGGUUUCAACGAUGGCAUCUACCCUUUCUCCAUUGUAUGCUGGAGACCUGCAUACAAAGCCAGCUCGUGAUGGAAGCAUGAGCGCUGCUGCUAGAGCUGAUGUGAGAUUCCACUCUUCAGCAGAAAACUCGGAUUCUUCAGGAAAAUGCGCACAGAAGUCAGAACAGUGGCAGCCUUCAGUGGAAGUGCUAGAAAGCAAAAGAGCAUCAAAGAAGCAUGAAGAAGAGAGAAAGAGGUUUCUAGCACAUGAAGCUAAUGAAAUUACAAAGUACAGCUCCUUUGAUGAAGAAACCACACAUCCUGUUCCUGAAAAAACAGGAGACUACCAUAAAGAGACAACAUACAGUUUCCUGAGGAAAGGCAGCACAGAACUCUUUAGUUCACAAGCACUUUUUCAGCCUCGUGAACAGAAGGAAAUCGAUACUGGUGUGCAAGGUAAAUGGGAAGUCAAAGAAGGCCAGUCCUUUGAAGAAAAGAUGGAUUUGGAAAGUGUUACAAAAAGCAAGAUUUUGCAAAGAGACCACGCUGAGCCUACUUCUGAACUCCCCAGCACAUCAGCAACGAGGACAAUUUCACAAAAUGCAGCUGUGGCAUCCUGUAGACUGCAGGAGCUCUCUGAGCAAUUGGAAGGCAAAUUUUAUAAGAAUUCCUGUGAGAUGUUUUCUGUUGGAGAGAACAAAGCACAGACAACGGAGGAUGUCCUUGAUAAUUCCAGCAAAACAAUGUCAAUUAAGGAAAGGUUGGCGUUGCUGAAGAAGAGUGGUGAGGAAGAUUGGAAGAGCAGGCUCGGCAAAAAGCAGGAGUAUGCAAAAGUGUCUGUCACUGAUCGUAGUGCGCAGAUGCAAGAAGUUGAGCAGCUGUUGAAGAAGCAGAGAAUGGCAGAUAACCAGGAGAGUCAAAUGACCAUUGAAGAAAGGAAACACCUGAUUACAGCUCGAGAAGAAGCCUGGAAGUCCAAGGGUAAAGGAGCAGCCAAUGACUCCACACAGUUCACUGUAGCUGGCCGAAUGGUAAAAAAAGGCCUGGCUUCUCCAAGUGCGCUAACACCAGUAGCAUCCCCUUUUAGUAACCGGCAGAAGUCUACCACUCCAGUUACAAAGCCCUUGGAAGAAAUUGAAGCCAGGCCUGAUAUGCAAUUGGAAUCAGAUAUGAAGCUUGACAAGUUGGAGUCAUUCUUGGGAAGGCUGAAUAACAAAGUUGCUGGCAUGCAAGAGACAGUGCUGACAGUUACAGGAAAAUCUGUGAAAGAGGUGAUGAAGCUGGAUGAUGAUGAAACAUUUUCCAAAUUUUAUCGCCAUGUGGAUUUCCCUUCUUCCUCAGUGCCUUUGGACCUUGAUGAGGACUUUGAUGCCAUCUUUGAUCCUUAUGCACCAAAGUUAAUAUCUUCUGUAGCAGAGCACAAACGUGCAGUUAGGCCUACACGCAGAGUCCAGUCCUCAAGAAACCCCCUGAAAAUGCUGGCAGCAAGAGAAGAUAUUCUUCAUGAAUAUACUGAACAACGACUGAAUGUUGCCUUCAUGGAGUCAAAGCGAAUGAAAGUAGAAAAAAUGUCUACAAACUCAAAUUUCUCAGAAGUAGCACUUGCUGGCUUGGCAAGCAAAGAGAACUUCAGCAACGUUAGCCUGCGGAGUGUUAAUCUAACAGAGCAAAACUCUAACAACAGUGCUGUGCCAUACAAGAAGCUAAUGCUGCUGCAAAUUAAAGGAAGAAGACAUGUUCAAACAAGAUUAGUUGAACCAAGGGCCUCGUCACUGAACAGCGGAGACUGUUUCCUGUUGUUAACUCCACAUUUUUGUUUCUUAUGGGUAGGAGAGUUUGCAAAUGUCAUAGAAAAAGCAAAGGCUUCAGAACUUGCAACUUUAAUUCAGACAAAGAGGGAACUUGGCUGUAGAGCUUCUUAUAUACAGACUAUAGAAGAAGGAAUAAAUACCCAUACCCAUGCAGCCAAAGACUUCUGGAAACUCCUUGGUGGACAGACAAGUUACCAGUCUGCUGGAAGUCCUGAAGAAGAUGAAAUGUAUGAAGCUGCAAUAAUAGAAACAAAUUGCAUUUACCGCCUUGUAGAGGAUAAGCUCAUUCCUGAGGAUGACUACUGGGGAAAGGUGCCAAAAUGUACCCUGCUACAACCAAAAGAGGUGCUGGUGUUUGAUUUUGGCAGUGAAGUAUAUGUAUGGCAUGGAAAGGAAGUUACUUUAGCACAAAGAAAAGUGGCAUUCCAGCUGGCGAAACACUUGUGGAAUGGCACCUUUGACUACUCCAACUGUGACAUAAAUCCUCUGGACCCAGGGGAAUGCAAUCCCCUCAUACCCAGAAAGGGACAAGGACGCCCAGACUGGGCUGUGUUUGGCAGACUCACAGAACAUAACGAGACCAUACUGUUCAAAGAAAAAUUUCUUGAUUGGACAGAGCUGAAGAAACUCAAUGAGAAGAAUUCUAGUGAAUCCCUUCACCAGAAGGAAGAAUCCAGAUCUGACUCUAAACCAUAUGAUGUCAUGCUAAUGGUAGCUGUGCCCCAAACAACUGUAGGCACGGUCUUGGAUGGAAUGAAUAUUGGCCGGGGCUAUGGACUUGUAGAAGGAGAAGAUGGGAGGCAGUUUGAAAUUAUCACUGCAUCUGUGGAUGUCUGGCACAUCCUGGAAUUCGAUUAUAGUAGACUGCCUAAGCAAAGCAUAGGGCAGUUCCAUGAGGGAGACACAUAUGUGGUGAAGUGGAAGUACAUGGUGAGCACUACAGUUGGAAGCAGGCAAAAAGGAGAGCAACAAGUAAGGGCUCUUGGAAAAGAGAAAUGCGUGUAUUUCUUUUGGCAAGGAAGGCACUCCACAGUGAGUGAGAAAGGGACAUCGGCACUGAUGACAGUGGAACUUGAUGAAGAGAGAGGAGCACAGGUACAAGUGCUUCAAGGGAAAGAACCGCCAUGCUUCCUGCAGUGCUUCCAAGGAGGGAUGAUUGUGCAUGCUGGCAGAAGGGAAGAGGAAGAAGAAAAUGCACAAAGUGACUGGAGGCUAUAUUGUGUGCGAGGAGAAGUUCCCAAUGAAGGAAACUUACUUGAAGUAGCAUGUCACUGCAGCAGCCUGCGUUCCCGGACAUCCAUGAUUGUCCUCAAUAUAAAUAAAGCUCUCAUCUACCUGUGGCAUGGCUGCAAAGCACAAUCUCACACCAAGGAUGUAGGAAGAACAGCAGCCAAUAAAAUAAAGGAACAAUGUCCGCUGGAGGCAGGGCUGCACAGCAGCAGCAAGGUGACGAUACAUGAAUGUGAUGAAGGAUCAGAGCCCUUGGGAUUCUGGGACGCAUUAGGAAGGAGAGAUCGAAAGGCCUAUGAUUGCAUGUUGCAAGAUCCUGGAAAGUUUAAUUUCACCCCCCGCCUGUUCAGCCUCAGUAGUUCCUCAGGAGAAUUCUCAGCCACUGAGUACAUUUACCCUUCAAGAGACCCUGCUGUCAUCAAUUCCAUGCCAUUCUUGCAAGAAGAUCUUUACACUGCCCCACAGCCAGCACUGUUCCUUGUUGACAAUCACCAUGAAGUGUACCUGUGGCAAGGCUGGUGGCCUGUGGAAAACAAAAUUGCUGGAUCAGCUCGAAUCAGGUGGGCUACAGACAGGAAAUGCGCCAUGGAGACAGUGCUCCGGUACUGCAAAGGAAAAAAUAUAAAGAAGCCCCCAAAAUCCUAUCUAAUUCAUGCUGGCCUAGAGCCUCUGACCUUCACUAAUAUGUUCCCAAGUUGGGAACACAGGGAAGACAUCGCAGAGAUCACAGAAAUGGAUGCUGAUGUUUCUAAUCAGAUAAUCCUUGUAGAGGAUGUGCUGGCCAAGCUGUGUAAAACGGUGUAUCCAUUAGCAGAUCUCUUAGCUAGGCCUCUACCUGAGGGAGUCGAUCCACUGAAGCUUGAAAUUUAUCUUUCAGAUGAGGACUUUGAGGUUGCAUUAGAGAUGACAAGAGAAGAGUACAAUGCACUGCCAUCUUGGAAGCAGGUUAAUCUAAAGAAGGCAAAAGGACUUUUCUAAGUUGCGUUUAUUGGAGUGAGCACUAAAGGGAUGUCUGUUUUCACUUUCUAUGCCCUUUAGAAGAAUUGUACCCCACAUUUACAGAAUAAAUAGACAUAAUCUGAAGUUAUUAGUGACUACCUGUCUGGAGGUGUGUAAUAUUAUAAAAGGCCAAGAGAACUCUUUGGAAAUGGAAUUCAGUUUUGACUCUUAAAGGUAAUGUGUUUUAAGCUCUGCUCUCCUAUGCACUGAAACAGUAGUUUCUUGAGCUACUGCUGCAGGUGUCCUUUGGCUAUAUACAAUACUUGCCAUUUUUGUUUUUGAAGAAGUUCUCUUUGUAAAGUGUUAUUUUGUUAGUUUGUGGAUUACAAAGAAUUUAUAUUUAUAUAAACACAUAGAAUGAGUAUGUAUUUAACAAUGCAAUAUAUAUUCACUUUCAAGACUGUCAUGUCAAAACUGCAGAAAAGUAGCUGGAUGGCAGUUGCUUGUACUGAAUUAGCUAUACCACCAAUAUGUAUCUUCUACGCGUUCUGAAAAGUUUCUCUUUGCAGUAGUUAAUGAAUUGUUCUCAGUGCUGCUUCAGGUGCUAAACCGAACAAAGCAUUUGUAUUUAUAGCAUGGAUUUCUUGAGAAACUAUGCGAAUCGACCUUUAUACUUUAUUAUCCAAAAAUGUAUAGUGCCUUGUUUUUUGUGUACAGUUUAUAUACAAAAAAAAAAAGAUCGGUCUGCAUUUUGAAGAUGGCUUAGAAUGGUCUCCUAUGUUACUUUUAUAAUAGUAGAAAUAAAAACAUCUCAGUUUCUAAUACUUGUUGUAAACAUUAAACAUGUCUUUUGUGAUAUAAGAACCAAAAGUAAAAGCUUCUGAAUAAACUCUUAGCAAUGC